CAAUCCGAAUAUUUGAAUAAUCAAUCAAUUAAGGUAAAGGGUGCGUAGCUAAUAAAGAAAGAAGAAUUCGUUUUCAUCAUUAAGGUACGUUUCACUUUGGUGGUGGAAACAAUUAAAUAAUCUGCGACUCUAUGUCCUACUUUUUAAAUACAACAAAAAGAAAAGAAAAAGAAAAACGAUCAUGGAACCAGUUGACCAGACUGGCAUGCUUGCUGGUGUCUCAAAUUGGAGUGGUUCUUCUCAAGGAUCUCUAAUUGUAUCCCUCAAGUGGAGUCAGUUAAUGGCACUGGUUCAGUUGAGCAUAGCAGCUUCACCUGAUCACACCUAGAAAUUAAACUGCUAGCUGCUGUAGCUUGGUUUAUUUACACCACAAACACACCAACUUUUUCAUUCAUUCAGUGUUUGUGUGUGUGUUGAGUCUUAUAUUCUUUGAUUCUAAAAUCACACAUUAUCCAAAGCCUGAAAUUUGCACUCCUUUUUAGCAAAAAAAAGAUGCCAAGAUCAGUUCAGGCCAUUGGUCUUCAUCAUAACCCAUCAUCCACCAUCAACAAGAACCAUUCCUUUUUUUCUUGAAGUUUUAGCCUAAAACUGUUUAGUUUAAGUUUAGCCCCUAUAGCCUACGAAUGACGUUCCUUCUUUCAAAGGUUCACAAUCACACCCCAGGUUUAUGUUUAUUCAAAGUUCAACACUUAAGCCGAAGGGGUUGAAGGGUUGAACUCAGAGUGCUUAUAAUUCAUCAGAGAUGCGUGGUUUGAAGCUGGCUGAACGUUUCAAGAGCACUCAAGUUCAUGCCCUCAGUUCUUCUUCAUCAGAAACAAAUGGUGGCAAUAGCAGCAAAGCCUCAGUGGCUGCCACCAAACCUCGCAGCAACAACCUUAACAGAAACAAAACCAUGUUACCAUCAUGGUCAAAAACCAAAUCCAGCACCAGCAACAACAACAACGCAGCCUCAGCAUUUGCAAAUCUUGUGCCUCUUCACCUCCCUUCCACCGACACCAUUGAACCAUCCAUAGAGCCUCACCUCAAGCCCAUCAACCUUGUGGAGACCUUAUCAGAACUCUAUCAGCGUUUGGAGUGUUGUUCACACUCCAACAAAGCAUUAGUGUGUGUGGAACAGUACUCUCUCUUGCGCGGAAUUGGUGACCAGAAAGUACUGAGAAGAUGUCUCAGGACAGCAUGUCAAAAUGCUGAGGAUUUGCUCUCAAAGGUUGUGUUGUCUGCGUGGUUGAGGUUUGAGAGGAGGGAUGAUGAGCUUGUUGGUGUGUCUUCAAUGGAUUGUGGUGGCUACGCUCUGGAGUGUCCAAAGAAGAAUCUGGAACAAGGGUUUAGUCCUUGUUCAGUUAAUGAUCACUGCCAGUGUCUGCAAGAGGCGAAUCAGGAAGCCUGCACUGAGAGUGCGUGUGUGUCAGAUGAGGAAAGUGAUAUUUUGUUUUGUGUUGGGAGUGAAGAAAUCGGUUGUGUUAGGUGCAGGAUUGCAGCACUUUCAGACCCUUUUAAUGCUAUGCUCUAUGGUGGAUUUGCGGAGUCCAAAAUGAGAAAGAUUGAUUUCUCAGGAAAUGGGAUAUGUCCAAAGGGGAUGAGGGCAGUGGAGUUUUACAGCAGGACAAAAAGAUUGGAUCUAUUCUGUCCAAUGACUGUUUUGGAGCUUCUGUCCUUUGCCAAUAGGUUUUGUUGUGAGGAGAUGAAGUCUUCCUGUGAUGCUCAUUUGGCUUCAAUUGUUGACAAUGUAGAAGAUGCAUUGAUGCUUAUUGAGUAUGGAUUGGAAGAGAGAGCCACCCUUGUUGUAGGGGCUUGCUUACAAGUGUUGCUUAGGGAGCUUCCAAAUUCACUGUAUAAUCCAAAGGUGGCAAAAUUAUUCUGUAGUUAUGAAGCAAAGGAAAGGUUGGCCAAUGUGGGGUGUGCUUCUUUCUUAUUGUACUACUUCCUGAGUCAAGUGGCCAUGGAGGAAAGCAUGGUGUCCAAAACAACAAUGAUGUUGCUGGAGAGAAUGGAGGAGUGUGCUACAGAAAGAUGGCAGAAAGCCCUAUCAUUCCACCAAUUGGGGUGCGUGCUGCUUGAAAGGAAAGAAUACAAAGAUUCUCAGUGUUGUUUUGAGGCAGCAGUUGAGGAGGGUCAUGUUUAUUCUUUGGCUGGUGUGGCCAGAACUAAGCACAAGCAAGGUCAACCAUAUUCAGCCUAUAAGUUAAUUAGUUCUCUCAUAUUUGAGUAUAAACCAUCUGGAUGGAUGUAUCAGGAGCGUGCACUAUACAACAUGGGAAAGGAAAAGUGUUUUGAUUUAGAUGUUGCAACUGAAUUGGAUCCUUCCCUUUCAUUUCCAUAUAAAUAUAGAGCACUGGCUAAGGUGGAGGAGAAGCAGAUAAAGGAAGGAAUUAUAGAGCUAGAUAAGUUUAUUGGAUUUAAACUCUACCCUGAUUGCCUAGAAUUAAGAGCUUGGUUGUAUGUUGCACUUGAGGAUUAUGACAGUGCGGUGAGAGAUAUUCGUGCAAUGCUAACCAUAGAACCAAAUUACAUAACUUCACAUGGGAAGAUCAAAGGGGAAUACUUGCUUCAACUUCUAAACCGCGGAGUUCAACAGAAGAGUCAGGCUGAUUGCUGGAUGCAACUAUACCAACAAUGGUCUUGUGUAGAUGAUAUUGGUUCUUUGGCUAUUAUACAUCAGAUGCUGGAGAAUGAGCCUGGAAAGAGCCUGCUAGAGUUUCGUCAGUCUCUACUCCUGUUGAGAUUAAACUGUCAAAAGGCUGCAAUGCGCAGUUUGCGGUUGGCCAGAAACCAUUCUAGCUCAAUGCAAGAAAGGCUAAUUUAUGAAGGAUGGAUCCUAUAUGACACUGGUAAUCGCGAAGAGGCUUUGGCGAGGGCUGAUAGAUCCAUUGAAAUUCAGAGAUCAUUUGAAGCCUUUUUUCUAAAAGCUUAUGUGUUGGCAGAUACAUCUCUUGAUCCUGAGUCUUCUUCCUACGUUAUUCAGCUUCUAAAAGAAGCACUUAAAUGUCCCUCAGAUGGUCUUCGCAAAGGACAAGCAUUGAAUAACUUAGGGAGUAUUUAUGUGGAUUGUGGUAAGCUUGAGCUUGCAAAAGAAUGCUACAAAAAUGCCCUUGCAAUUAGGCACACAAGAGCUCAUCAAGGUCUGGCACGCGUUUAUCAUCAGAAAAAUCAAAGAAAAGCUGCAUAUGAUGAGAUGACCAAGCUAAUUGAGAAGGCAGAGAGCAAUGCCUCAGCGUAUGAGAAAAGAUCAGAAUACUGCGACCGUGAAAUGGCAAAGGCUGAUCUUGAUGUUGCAACUCAACUUGAUCCUUUAAGAACCUAUCCAUAUAGAUACAGGGCAGCAGUGAUGAUGGAUGAGCAAAAAGAAACUGAAGCAGUAGAAGAACUGACCAAGGCCAUAAAAUUCAAGCCUGACAUGCAAAUGCUUCAUCUACGAGCAGCGUUUUAUGAGUCAAUGGGGGAUCUAUCAUCUGCUGUUCAAGAUUGUCAAGCGGCUCUUUGCUUAGACCCAAACCAUGCAAGCACACUUGAUCUAUAUCGAAGGAUACAAAAUUGAACUUUUAACAUUAAAGUAUAUGUUCAUCAGAAAGAUAAAAUGUGGAGAUACUGAUUAGACAAUUGAUGGCGAAUUCCCAAAGGAAAUGAAUGAGCUUUUACCACACAACAAUCAUUUAAGGACAAGGAUAGAAUGCGAUGGAGGAUAUGCAGUGAAAACAAAACCAGAAGGCGCUACUUUUUGGAUGAAUGAAGAAAAAGAUGGAUAAAAGACACGGAGUUAUGAGUUAUAUUGUCGGAUAGAGAGGAUGAAUCAGGUGUAAAUCAUAUGAAUUUCAGAAUAGUAACUACAUUGAUCUGAUAUGUAUUCUUGUGAGCCAUAUUUAUAGAAUUUGUCUCACAUUAUUUAAACAUCCUCUUGUACAGUUACAGGGUUAUAAAGAGAUUCACACCACUUGUUUCUUACAAUGUAUAA